AUUUGUCUCAACUCAGAAAAGAAAGACAGUCCUUCGUAUACUGAGAAAUUCCAGCAUGUCAAAUUCACACCUUCAGUUAAACAGUUUGGCGGUAGACCAGCAAGUGGCGCUCUUUUACUCACUACCACUGGUAUGUUAGCUGCAGUGUUGUUGCCCCAACCCAUGUGCCAAACGCCCAUGAUAAUGGCCACCGAAAGUCUUGGGCAUACUAGAACAUUAGUGAAAACUGCUGAUAUAUGUUACGGAAAGACUCAGAGAAAAGGCUUUGCCUGUACAUAAAUCUCUGGGAAAUUCUGAGACUCCUCAGUUCUUCAACAGAGUUCUUUGGCAGUACCAAUGCCAUUUCCAGUACAACAGCCAAGUCACUUCUCUAGCGACGAGUAAACUCAGCCUGGUCAAUAACAUAUCCAGUGGAUAUGUCGUUGUCACUUUCGCAGACAACUCAAUCCACUGCCUCUACCGAGACACUUUGAAGCCGAUAGCCUAUACGAAUCUUUCCGUCAUACCCCGCUACCUGGACGAGCCGAACGCCAAAUACCAAAAAAUUAGCACUGACAUCUCCAGCAUUGAUAUGUCGUGGCUUGGAAACGUGUUGCUUUGUGUUGAUUCCGACGACAGCUUGCACCUGUUUAAGCUACCUCCGCAGAUCGAGAGCGCGGCCCCGCUGAGCGUUCCCUACUGCACCACCAUCCUGGAGUACUGCUUGAUGAGUGGCUUGGACUGGCUGGACCUGUUGUUGGUCCUGAGGCCGGGAAUGCUUGAUGCCAUCUGCGAUAGGUUGACUGAGAGCUUCAACAGACAGCCGCCGGCCAUUCAGCAGUUUUUCUACAUUCAGUAUUUGUGUAUCAAGACGUCCUUGUACAGAUUAAGUUUCCAAGGCCAAUCGAAAGCCAACGAUUUAACCCAGUACCUGAUGCUCCAUAGUAUUUCUACAGCUUUCAAAAGUUUACUCAGACCGAGUGAGAUGAACAGCCACGAGAAAAGCCCUGCCGAUUCUUUAGCGAGUGUCAUUGCAGAAGGCCAGAGUGAUGUAGAUAAAGCUUUGACUCUUAUGCACCUUGAAGCCAAAGAAUUCACUGUCGAGACCACAACUCUUCAGAGCCUCCAACAACUCAUUCAGUGGGUGGCAGAUCUCGCAUUGAAUCUCCUCAUCAAACUCCCUGACGGAAGACCAACCUCUCCUAAGCCUUAUGAACUGAUUCGAGACGUUAAGGCUCUAAACAUGCUCCGAGAAAUGCUGGUUCUUAUAAGGAUUUGGGGGCUUCUCAGACCCGCGUGUUUGCCAGUCUUUAUCAAGUCUGACACUAACCUGGACGUGCUUGCGCUUGUCUUCCGAUUGUUGAGCAGACUUGUGCAGAAUGUCAAUGAACCUGAUGAGGCACUCAUAGUUGGAAUUCAACAACGAACCUGAAUGUUUGACAAGUAAUGUAGAAACUCCUCCAGGCCAAACUGUGGAUUCCAUAAGACAUCUCUAUCUAGGAAGAACACCUCGAGUCGUGAAGCAGUGUGUAAGGUGCUGCAGCUCUGCAGGUAUAGUGCAAGCUACUCGAACGGCUGCCAUUCGAGCAUGGGAUCAAAGAUGGCUGCGGUCUUGUCAGUGUGGAGGACUCUGGAGAAUUCAAAUCUGUUCUGGAUUGUGAUAUUAGUUUUAUUAUCUUAACCAUAAAAUAUAUUGAAGUCACUUUUUCAAUGGCUUGCAAAUAUAUUUCAUGUUAUUUUAACUCAAGAUAUUUUUUUACGUAUACAAAAUAAAUGUAUUGUU